UGUGGUGUAAACUUCGACAGCAAGUUGCUACGCGAAGUAGGUGAUAUGUUACAGAUAUACAAGACCCAUACAACGCCUUUCCACCCAGAAGGCAACGGCCAAGUCGAGCGAACGAAAGGCACGCUCAACAACCUUCUUAAAGCCUUUACUAGGGAUCAUCAUCCCCUCGACUGGGACCAACGCCUCCCCUGCGCCCUAAUGGCUUACCGAGCGAUGGUCUACUCGUCCACCGGCUAUACGCCUUUCAUGAUGAUAACACGGCGCACCUUUCGGCUUCCCAUCGACUCUCUGACACCCCAACCAUCUCCCGCCUUCCAGUCGACCAAUGACAACGUCCUAUACCUACAAGAACUUUUGCGUCUCACCUACAACCUAGCCCGGCGCAUCGUCAAAGUUCUUCAACCACUGGGAGGGGCCAUUCCGCGUCGUCGACGUCAUCUAUCCGUCCACACCAAUGACUACGUCCUACAGCUACAAGAACUUUUGCGCCUCACCUACAACCUAGCCCGGUCACAUCUAGAGACAGCCUACGACCGCCAGAAAAAUGACUUCGACCGCCAAACGUUCGGUUCCCCAUAUGUCGAGGGCGACCUCGUGUGGAAGUACCGCUCCGUUCCCCUCUUAGGCACAUCGUCAAACUUCUUCAACCAUUGGGAAGGGUCAUACCGCGUCGUCGACGUCAUCCAUCCGUCCACGUACGUUCUCCAAGACAGGCAGCCCAGCAGGCUCCCUUUCACCGCGCAUUUUGAUAAGUUGAAACCCUACCGGUGUCAGCUACCUAUGGCCACGGCAGAAGUAACCCCGGUCAUACCCCCUCAUCUGGUAGCGAUACCCGUCAGGGAGGAGACAGUGGAAACCAAAAUUGCCACUGGCCCUGCGGACAGGGCUCCGUCUGAGGAGGGGAGUGUGUAA